AUGAAUGAAAAUGCCCCUGGAAACAAUCAAAUGAAGUCUCCAACAGUUCAAAAGGAUUUAACACGGGCUUAUGCUGCUGAAGUCACAAAUGUCAUUCUUAAUGAUAUAAAAGACAAUAUAUUUUCUCUUAUGGUUGAUGAGUGUCGAGAUAUUUCAGUCAAAGAACAAAUGGAAGUUGUUUUAAGAUACGUGAACAAACAUGGAUGUGUUAUUGAAAGAUUUCUUGCUAUUGUACAUGUGUCUGACACUUCUGCUAUUUCUUUAAAGAAGGCUAUUGAUGAAUUGUUUGCAAAACAUAAGUUGUCAUUAUCAAGAUUGAGAGGUCAAGGAUACGAUGGAGCUUCAAAUAUGCGAGGUGAGUAUAAUGGAUUGAAGGCUCUUAUAUUGAAGGAAAAUUCAUCUGCAAGAAGAAAAGAUAAGUUUAGACAACUUGAACAUGAUAGACUUGUAGAGUGUUUGGAGAAAGGAGAUAUUGUUAGUGUGCUUGAAAAUGUGUAUGAUGAUGGUACUAAUGAUGAUAAUAGUGGUAUCGCCACCAGUUUAAUUGAUAAGAUGGAGAGUUAUGAAUUUGUGUUUGUGAUGCAUUUGAUGAAAUCUUUAUUGGGAAUCACAAAUGAAUUGUCACUUGCCUUACAACAAAAGGAUCAAAACAUUGUACUGACUGUCAGUUUGAUCAAGACAAUGAAAGUUCGAUUACAAAAAUUGAGAGAGGAAGGAUGGGAGAAUUUUUUGGAUGUCGUCAACAAAUUUUGUAGUAAUCAUAUGAUCCCAGUACCGAAUAUGGAAGAAAAUAUGAGAACUCGUGGUCGCAGCAGACGUAAUGGACAAAUGAUUACUAAUUUUCAUCACUAUCGUGUUGAAAUUUUUUGUCAGGUUCUUGAUAUGAUGGUUCAAGAGAUGAGUAAUCGGUUUUCAGAAUCAAGUACGGAGGUACUUACUUGCAUUGCUUGCUUAGAUCCAAAAGACUCUUUUUCUCAAUUUGAUAUUGGUAAGCUACUCCACCUUGCUGAACUUUAUCCGGAGGACUUUUCAUUGACUGAUCGUGCAAUACUUGAGGACCAACUUGAGACUUACAUUCAAAAUGUACGAGGUGAAUUUUCUAUGAUUGAAGAUUUGGGAAGUCUUGCUAAAAAGAUGGUUGAAACGGGGAAGAAUACAAUUUUUCCAUUGGUAUAUCGUUUGAUCAAGUUAGCAUUAGUUUUACCAGUUGCAACUGCUUCUGUUGAAAAAGUUUUUUCUGCUAUGAAAAUUAUCAAGACUGAUUUGCGCAAUAGGAUGGGGGACGAGUGGAUGAAUGACAGUUUGGUAGUAUACAUUGAGAAGGAUAUUUUUGCUACAAUUGAAAAUGAACAAAUUUUACAACAUUUUCAACAGAUGAGCACUCGUAGGAUCCAGUGGGAUAUCAGGGAUUCUCUGGUUCAUAAUUUGCGGGUCAGAGAAUGGUCCAUUGAUUAUGAUACCGAUUAUGAUAGACGGGCACGGAUCUUCUGGAUCGUAAACGUCCCCGACGGCCUCCAGCGGCCCCGACUCACCCAGAAAUCCAACUCCGAUGACCUAUUACAGCGUGAGGUUUCCUUUAAUUGCCCCGACUUAUUACGUAGAAAUCUAACAGUAGCAGAGCUUGGGCUGUCGCCGGUCGCGGGCAGGGCUGGGCCUCGGAGGAGUCAGGGAACUGGGUCGUCGCCGUCGGAUCGCGGUGGGUUUCUGCAUGAGUCGCAGACGCCGCGGGCCGUCGGGGACACUGGAGGCCGUCGGGGAGGGGUUAGGGCUCUGAAAUUUGUGGGUGAGGUGGUUUUGGAGCCCUGCCGAGGGAUCGCGGUGGAGUUUUUGUCGCUGACGGAUCGCGGGUGCGAGGACGAUGGAGGCUAG